UGUUCUAAACUCACACUGCAAAAAACUCGAAUCAAUGGAAAACGCUUUCUCCUUUUUCAUUAUCCUUAUCUCAUCUCUCAUAUUUCUUGCAACCUUAUGGAACGCGAUCACUCUCACCAAACGCCGCCGGACUCCGGCGAAGCUUCCGCCGGGGCCGAGAAAGUUUCCGGUGAUCGGAAACUUGCACAACCUUGUCAGCUUCCGGCCACCCUACCGGGUUUUGGCCGACUUGGCCGCAAAAUAUGGGCCGAUGAUGCAUUUGCAAUUGGGUCAAAUCAGCACAGUCGUUGUAUCGUCAUCCGACGUAGCAAAAGAGUUCUUGAAAACUCACGACAUUACCUUCGCGAAUAGGCCGUCGUUUUUUGCGAUAAAUAUUAUAUGUUAUGGGCCUACGAGCAUUGCAUUCUCGCCGUACGGCGAAUAUUGGAGACAGUUGCGGAAAAUUUGCACAGUAGAGCUGUUGAGCACGAGACGCGUACAAUCUUUCCGCCCUAUAAGGGAGGAAGAUUUUUCAAAUCUUUGCCGAUGGAUAGCUUCGAAAGAAAGGUCUUUGGUCAACUUGACGGAGAAACUCGCCGUGACGACAUGCGACACGGUUAUGCGAGCGUGCCUCGGGAAUAAGACCGAUGAACACAACCAUUUCAUAAAUAUCGUUAAAGAAAGCGCAGCCGUAGCGGCCGGAUUCCAUCUCGUCGAUGUCUAUCCAUCGAUUAGAUGGUUCGGAACGAUCAACGGAUUUAAAGGCCGAAUCGAGAAGGUGCACAAGUUAGCAGAUAGAAUACUCGGGAAAAUCCUCGACGAACACAAAGUAGCUGCCUCGCGAAAGAAAGAGCGCGAAGAUUUAGCCGAUGUUCUCCUCAAGUACCAUAAGGACAGCGGACAUGAACUGCAAUUAACCGAUGACAACAUAAAAGCGGUGCUUCAGGAUAUGUUCGAUGCUGGAAUCGAAACAUCGUCGACAACUGCAGAGUGGGCUAUGGCGGAACUGAUUAAACAUCCGAGAGUUCUUAAGAAGGUACAAGAUGAGGUGAGGGAGGUUUUCGGCGACAAGGGAUUUGUCGAUGAGUCCGAGUUCGAUAACCUAAAGUAUCUGAAGUUAGUGGUUAAAGAAACACUGAGGAUGCAUCCGCCGGUGCCGCUACUGAUCCCGAGAGAAAACUUGGAGGCCUGUGAGAUUAAUGGAUACAAACUACCGGCGAAAACUAGGGUUUUGGUGAAUGCUUGGGCCAUUGGAAGAGAUCCUAAGAUCUGGAAAGAUGCCGACAGCUUUAUACCGGAGAGGUAUCUCGAUAACAUUUCGGUUGAUUACACCGGGAAGAAUCUCGACUACAUCCCUUUCGGUUCCGGGAGAAGGAUUUGCCCGGGAAUGACUUUCGGCCUCGCCAACCUCGAGCUUCCAUUGGCAAUGUUUCUCUAUCACUUUGAUUGGGUUUUGCCCGAUGGAAUGAAGCCUGAAGAUUUGGACAUGGCUGAAACUGUUGGCAUUACAGCAAGAAGGAAGAAUCCUCUUUAUGUGAUUCCUAUAAUGAAGAACCCUGUGCCUCUCAAGUAAAAUCGAGGCAUUCUAUCGAUCUUUUUUAUGUUAUGUUUAAUUAAGACAUUGAGUGUCAUGGUAGAUUGCUGUCUUGAUGUUUGUUGGUACUAUUGAACUUGUUUCGUUUUCUAUGGUUUGGUUGUUUAAUUUUAUGUUUGAUUUCUUGGAAGAAUGA